GGCAGAGGGUUCCAGUAGCCGGUGCGCGGCCGCAGCUCGCGGCGGUGCCGGGACGGCCGGGAUAGCCGGGAUAACCGGGAUAACCGGGACACCCCGCGGCCCCCCAGCCGGUGCCCAUGCCGAGGAGCAGCUGACGGCGGCGGGGACGCGGAAAUGGAGCCACGGCCGGGCCGGGCCGUGCGGGCGCUGUGCGGCCUCUUCCUCCUCCUCCUCCUCCUGCAGCAUCCCGGCCGCGCCGAGCGGGCCCCCGGCUCCCACCUGGACGACUCGGCCAUCGCAGCAGAGUUCUGCCGCAUCGACAAGGCGCUGUGCCACGACGAGGACGAGCAGCUCAGCUUCGAGGCCGUGCGCAACAUCCACAAGCAGAUGGACGACGACGCCAACGGCAACGUGGACGUGGAGGAGAGCGACGAGUUCUUGAGGGAAGACUUGAAUUACCAUGACCCAGCAGUCAAGCACAGCACUUUCCAUGGAGAGGACAAGCUCAUCAGUGUGGAAGAUCUCUGGAAGGCCUGGAAAACAUCCGAAGUGUACAACUGGACGGUGGACGAGGUGGUUCAGUGGCUCAUUUCCUACGUGGAGCUGCCCCAGUACGAGGAGACCUUCCGCAAGCUGCAGCUCAGCGGCCACGCCAUGCCCAGGCUGGCAGUGAACAACGCCACCAUGAUGGGGACGGUGCUCAAGAUGACCGACCGCAGCCACCGGCAGAAGCUGCAGCUCAAGGCUCUGGACACGGUGCUCUUCGGGCCUCCUCUGUUGACUCGUCACAACCACCUCAAGGACUUCAUGCUGGUGGUGUCCAUCGUCAUCGGCGUGGGCGGCUGCUGGUUCGCCUACAUCCAGAACCGCUACUCCAAGGAGCACAUGAAGAAGAUGAUGAAGGACCUGGAGGGUCUCCACAGGGCUGAGCAGUCUCUCCAUGACCUACAGGAGAGGCUGCAGAAGGCGCAGGAGGAGCACCGCUCCGUGGAGGUGGAGAAGGUGCACCUGGAGAAGAAGCUGCAGGACGAGAUCAGCAUUGCCAAGCAGGAGGCACACAGGCUGCGGGAGCUGCGCGAGGGCACCGAGAACGAGCUCAGCCGGCAGAAGUACGCCGAGCAGGAGCUGGAGCAGGUGCGGAUGGCGCUGAAGAACGCGGAGAAGGAGCUGGAGUCCCACUGCAGCUGGGCUGCCCCCGAGGCCCUGCAGAAGUGGCUGCAGCUGACCCACGAGGUGGAGGUGCAGUACUACAACAUCAAGAAGCAGAACGCAGAGAAGCAGCUGCUGGUGGCCAAGGAAGGGGCUGAAAAGAUCAAAAAGAAGCGAAACACCCUUUUUGGGACGUUCCAUGUUGCUCACAGUUCCUCUCUGGAUGACGUCGAUCAUAAAAUCUUAACUGCAAAGCAGGCGCUGAGCGAGGUGACGGCGGCGCUGCGGGAGCGGCUGCACCGCUGGCAGCAGAUCGAGCUGCUCUGCGGCUUCCAGAUCGUCAACAACCCCGGCAUCCACUCGCUGGCCUCGGCCCUCAACAUCGACCCGGGCUGGAUGGGCACGCCCCGGCCCAACCCCUCCCACUUCAUCAUCACUGACGACGUGGAUGACCUGGACGAGGAGCUGGUGUCACCCAUGUCCAUCCAAUAUGCAGCCUGGCUUUUCGGGCGCAGGUUCAGCGACCGCUCCUCGCUGUCCUCGGAGGAUCAGUCCCUCUGGAAAUACCCUGCUCCGGCCUUGCCCAGCACAGUCCGGCAGCGCCUGGUGGAGCCGCAGCACGGCCACGGAUCGCAGAGGUUGGUAGAGAGUCUCGUGCCGGGGCAGCCCGAGGCGGGCCCCGUGGCCCCGCUGCGGGCGGGCCGAGUGUCCCUGCGCCGAAUGCACAGCCUCAGCUCCGGACAGUCCUUCAGCUCCGACCUGCCCGGCUCCAGCCCAUCGCCUGCCUCCACCUCCUCCACCUCCUGCUCCUCAUCCACCACCACCGCACCUGCUCCUGCUUGCCAUGUCCACCCUAUCUAUUACCAUCACACCACCUCUUAUUUCCUCCAGAUGGAUUCCAUCCCCGACCUGCCCCCUCCUGAUGUCACCUCUGGAGUUCGCUGUCGCACUGGGAGCUUUGGAGAUUUAACUCGCUGCGACUCCGACUCCUCCAUCCCGCACCUGAGCGACCACCAGCGUAUCCCCAGCUCGGCGCCCAAGCUGCUGGCUGCCCGGCCCACGCUGCUGACCAGGUCCAUGGAGGAGGCUGUCCCCGGGCCCCCGGGCCCCGGCGCGCCCACCCCCAACGGCGGCAGCCGGCACGGGGAGCCCUCCGCCCUGGCGGCUUUGCAGGAGCGGCUGCCCGAGAGCCCCAUGGUGAUGAAGAAGAUGAUGAUGGUGAACCACGGCAUGGAGAAGUCCUCCAGCCUGGGGGAGAUCAGCCACCCGACGGCCGGCAAGCCCAGCCACUCGGAUUCGUCCCGGUCGCACAGCCCCAGCUCCACCGACCCCGACACCCCCUCCCCCAUCUCUGACUGCCGGCCCAGCGGCGCCAGGAACACCCGCAUCCCGCAGCUGGCCGCCAAGAAGAGCCCGGGGGACGAGGACAGCAGCCUGACGGGCGACGAGGUUGACCUCGGCCAGAGCAAGAAAAAGUUCCCCCUAAAGAUCUUCAAGAAGCCCAAGAAGUAGGGGGGGGACACCCCCGGACGCGUCCCGCCGGGCCCGGGGCCGGCCGUGCACCGGGAACGCAGCGCGGCCCCGGCACCCUCCGCACCCCGAGUCACCCCAGCGCCGGCAUGGGAGGAGCUAUUUAAACUUAUUUAUUUCCUCAUCUCCGAGACGAAGAAGCGCGACGCCGCCGGCUCCCCGCGAGAAGAGCCCCUGGCCUCCCUCCGACCGCUGCGGUCCCGGCUUUGCUGUGCAUGGCUUCCAGUUACUCCUGCUCUGCUCAGCCACGCGGCCUUUGGGUUUGGUUUCAAUGUGGUUUUAUUUUUUUUUUUUUUAAUUUUGUUUUAUUUUUUUAUUGUUGUUAUUAAUUUGUUUUCCUGCCUCCUCCAACUUUUGCACAGGCUGAGGGAGGGUCGGGGCGGCGCCGGCCGCUCCGCGCUCCCCCCGGGGUGACUCCGGUGGCAGCGGUUCUCCCUCAUUUCCCCGAGUCACUUUUCCACCGCGGCCCUGGGAAGGGGAUCCCCUCGAGAGCAGGAGCAGGCAGGGCUCUGCCCUUGCCGGUACUUGUGCGCUCCCCGAGGGGACGGCGCUGCCCCUGGCUGGGGAGGGACGGGACACGCGGAGCCCCCGGGCACCCUCCCCAGCGCCCCGCACUCCUCCCAGUGCCCUGCCCUCGGCUGAGGAAGGAGCCCGCUGACAGGGACAGCGAGGGAAGCGCCAUCCCGAGGGGUGCUGGUGCACAGCCAGGUCCACACGGAGAGGAGAGGAGAGGGCUCCCGGGAGCAGGGCUCGUCCUCCGUCCCCGUGUCCCCUGUCCAGGCCGGGCAGGGCCAGAGGGAGGGACCAGGCCACAGCGGGGCUCUCCAGGGCAGGGGACAGGCUGUGCCUGGCUGGCAGGACCAUGACAGAGUCCUCCCCUGGGGCAGGCCGGGGCUGGGGGCUCUGUGCCCCCGCAGGAGGCUCACUCGGGCAGUGUCGGUGUCCCCCUUGCCCUGAGGCCACACGCCGGGGUGUCCCUGGCUGUGCCAGCCUGACCCGGGGCUCAGUCCGUCCCGAGCCGCUCCCAGGGGCUCUCCCGUCCUCCCUCAGCACAUUGGGGGUCACAUCCUGCUGCUCACCUCGGGCUGUCCCCGGCACAGCCCCGGCCACUCAGGGGGUCCCCACUGAGGGCAGCAGCUGUGGCUGAGUCCUGCUCCCUGCGGGGGCCGAGCCUGUCCCGAGGGAUGAGCCCUGCCCCAUCCCCGGGGCUCAGCCUUGCCCCCCUCUCCCAGCUCCUCCAGGAGCAUCCCCCAGCCCCGGGGCUGCCAGGGGAGCCCCCAAACCCCCUCCCAGCCCAGGGUCCCUGUCCUCACCACCCCUCCAUCCCCGGACCACCAUCCCACACGUCCCUGGGGGUGGGCGGGGGGCUGCUGCCGAGGCAGAGGAGGAUGCACGAUGGGGGGAGGAGGAGGAAGAGGAGGCCGGGCCAGAUGCCGAGAGCCCCUGGGGCCUUGCUUUAUGCCAGAGUAAUAUAUUUGUGUCUUGACAAUUCAGGAAGGGCUACAAAGGUGUUUUUUUGUUCCGUAGGUGGGAGUUAAACAAUUCCACUGUUGCUUUGGGAUAAGUGAAAAAUUCCUCUCAAUGACUUUUAAGUGCCUGCAUUUCCCUGGGGACGGGGGGACGCGCUCGGCCCCACAACUGGGGCUGCUGCCUGGGCACCCCGAUUCAUGGGCACCCCGAUUCGUGGGCACCCCAAUCCGUGGGCACCCCGAUUCAUGGGCACCCCAAUUCUGUGGCUACCCCAAUUCCGUGGCUACUCCAAUUCUGUGGGUACCCCGAUUUGUGGGCACCCCAAUCCAUGGGCACCCCGCUGUCACGGGCAGGGCCCCACGGGAGCGGGGCCAGUGGGGUCGGGGCUGGAGCUGCUGGUGGUGGCAGAGACCUGUGGAUGCUUCUGGAGAAGGGGUUGGGGAUCCACCAAACGGCAAACUGUUGAUGCAUCUGCCAACUCUUGAUUUAAGGUGGUUUUUGUUUUUUGUUUUUUUUGUCAUUUCAUAAAACUUUUCAAUCCAAUAAAGCAUGUAGUCUAUUUUACGA